GGGUCGGUGAGCAGCUAGGCAGCACCACGUGUUUCUGACCCUGGCCCACGCGACUAGGAUCAGACCCGUAUGCUUAUUUUCGAGUCGAGGCGCCAUGGCGCCACUACGUCAUCGACGCUCUCGCUGCUUUGCAGCAGUCGAUGCGGGGGUCUGUCAUCAUUGACACCGCAUCGCAGUCCCAAUCCAUGCCUCUACUGAGCAUUGGCGUAAUUUGCUGCAAAUAAGACCCUGGCCUUGCCAUCCACCCUCUUCCAUCCUUUCCUCCAAAGAAAGGAAGAAGCAAUUGUAGUCCAAACGACAAACAUGGCAUCCAUCACCAGCUCCAUCUCCUCGCUCCUUUCGGGCAUCCAGAGCAUCAUCUCUGGCCUCAUUGAGUCCAUCCUGGCCGUCGUGACGCACAUCUUCAACGCCAUUUUUUCCAUCUUCUCCACGGCUUGGAGUGCCGUCGAGGGCCUGCUCAAGGCGCUCGUCGACGCGUUCAGCGGACUGAUCAGCACCGCGACUCACGUUGUGGGCGACCUCGUCGGCAUUGUCACGGCCAACAUCGUGCCCAUCGCCGUCGUCGGUGGUCUGCUCAUGGCCAUAGGCUUUUUCAGCGGAAAGCAAGGUGCUGCUACAAAGCGAAAGACCAAGUAGUAGGCAGCCGUGGACGUCCUUCGAUGAUCCAAAGAACUGCUUGCGAGCUAUAUGAUGUAUAUCACUCAGAUCGUUAUCGAUACCUCUUGCGUUCCUAAUCGAGAUCUCUGCCUUCCUUG